AUGAUUCAACAUCGAUUACAAAUAAUCAAUAUUCCUACUAGUGAUUCAACAACAAUAAAUAAAAAUCAAUUAACUGAAUCAAAACUUCCCGAUUAUCCAAAAGCAAAUUUUAAUUCAAAUGAAUCAUCAAUGAAUAUAAUAGAAAAAUUAGAACGAGCAUUAUCGAAUAUAGCACCAUUUUUACGUGAUAUAUUUAUAGAAUUUUCACAUAUACUUACAAAAACAUUAGUUGGUUCAUAUGGACAAGAAUUAUUACCUAAUGGUUUACAUGCACUUAAACAAACAGCAUCAGUUGUUGAACUUGUUAUGCUUUUAUGUUCACAAGAAUGGCAAAAUUCUCUUCAAAAACAUGCUGGUUUAGCUUUUAUUGAAUUAGUUAAUGAAGGACGUUUAUUAUCUCAUGCAAGUAAAGAUCAUGUUGUUAAAGUAGCUAAUGAAGCUGAUUUUAUACUUAAUUGUAUGCGUGCUGAUGAUAUACGUAAAGCAAGUGAAUUUGAACAAUUAUCAGCACAAACAACUGUUGAGCGUAAAUCAGAAGAACAAUUAUGUGAACAUUUUAUAACAGCAGCAAGACAACGACAUCAAGUUAUAGCAUUACGUUUACAAGAAAAAUUUUUAAUGAUGAUGAUUAAUGAAAAAACAGUUUAUUUAAAUAGUUCAAGAUUAUUUUGGAAAUUAGAUCCAUGGGAAGGUGAUUUAAGACGACGACGACGUUUAAUACGUAAUCCAAAUGGUUCUAUACAUAAUGAAGCAACACAAAAAUCAUCAUUUAAUGGUAUUAAUGAUGAUUUAAUAAUAUCUUUUAUACAAGAAGAAAAUUUAUUAAAACAAUUAAAACAACAAAAAAUACAAAAUUUUAAUCAAAUAAUAACAGAUGAUGAUGAAAUAUUACAAGUUGAUGAAAAAGAUCUUGAUCAAGAUUUUUCAGGACCAAUACGUUUUUCAACAGAAUGUUCAUUAAUUUGUGGUAUUAAUAUAAUACGUGGUACUUUAGCUAUGACACAUAAUGCUAUGUUAUU